AUGGCAUCCUUCAAAGGCUACGAUCUGGUCGUUAUCGGCUCUGGCUUCGCCGGAACACUUACUACUCUCAGCUUCUUGGAGACAUGCAAGAAAGAAGGCAAGAAUGGUCGCGUUGCCCUUAUAGAAGUUGGGAAAGAAGGCGAGCGCAGCGGCGCCUCCAAGUGGACAAUGGCAUAUCUGCGCCUGGAUAAGAACCUAGACUUCGGUACGCAAGUUUACCUCAUUCCGAAGUCGCACGAAGAGCUCACACUCCACAGACAAGGAUUGGGUGAAGGAGAUGAGGCGAGUCAGCAAUGGCUUAGCAGACGAGCAGUACUGCGAGAAGCUCCGCCAAGAGGCGCCUCUCAGCGCUCGCUACCUCCAAGAGCGCGGCGUCAAAUUUGUGCACCAUGAUGAGCCCAAUGUACUCCUCGAAUUCGACACCGACCAGCACUUCGUCUUUCCGGACGGCGGAGGAAAUGCGAUUAUCCAAAAGGUCUUCGAGCACAUUCGAUCGUUCGACAAUGUUGACGUCCACUACGAGACUGAGGCUAUCAAACUCUUGACUGAUGACACAGGCUCCAUCAGAGGCUUGAAGGUCAGAAAGAGCGAUGGCUUGUUGCACGACCUGCUCGCACCAAACGUUAUGCUGGCUUGCGGUGGCUUUGAGGGCAACCAAGAGAUGCUCGCUCGAUACAUCGGGCGAGGCUCGCAUCAUCUUCCUCUGAUUGCCCCAGGAUUGAAGUACAACAAGGGCGCUGGACUACGCAUGGCUCUCGAAGUAGGCGCUGGAACUGCCGGCUCUUUCGACGGCAUGCAUUGCGAGCUCGUCGACACGAGAGCCACCAAACCAGAUGCCGUGCUCUGGGGUAAGUCAAGGCCCUCUUCACCGCAGAAUUCCCGCUGAUACCUGAUACUAGGCCACAACUACGGCAUCGUCGUCAACAAAGAAUCCCAACGCUUCUACGACGAAGGCCAGCGCCACCUCUUUGCCACUUUCGAAAUGAUUGCUCUCGCCUGCUGGAAAGAUCAGGACAUGAAAUGCUACUUUGUCACUGAUGACCCAAUCAUGCAACGAUUCAAGGGUAGCUGGGUGUAUGAGACCACCGACAUCCCGCCUGAGAAGGCAGACACCAUCGAAGGCUUGGCAGAGAAACUGGGCCUUGACCCGAAGGAGUUGAAGAAGACCGUCGACGGGUACAAUGCGGCUGUAAAUGACAAGCCAUUUGAUUUGAUGAAGCUCGAUGGAAAGGCCACUACUGGCUUGCAGCCAAAUAAAACUAAUUGGGCCGCGAAGAUCGAGAAGGGUCCCUUCUACGGCUACCCGAUGACGGCAAACUUGACCUUCACGUAAGUCGGUCCAGUGCUUCGCAGUGUCUUGAGCUAAUAUGUUGUAGUUAUGGUGGUGUCAAGACCGACCUCGAUGCCCGUGUUCUCUCGACUAACGACGUCCCGAUUCCUGGUCUUUGGGCCGCUGGUGAACUGACCGGCCUGUUCUACAACGAAUACCCACCUGCCACUUCAUGCCUCCGCUCGAUGACCUUUGGACGCCUGGCGGGCGAAUCAAUUGCCAAGAGUCUGAAGACGGCUCCAAAUCAGAAGCAACUUCCUAUCAUUCAACAGAAGAUUUCCAGGUAG